AAAGAAAUAGGAUAAUUAGCAAAAUAGUAAAUACUGGUGUUGGUGGCGCCAUCUAGCUAGUUGCCCAGUGCCAAUAUCAUUCGCAUUUCACAUCAUAUAAUGCAAGUUUCAACUCCGUCUAAGACGUUGCCCCUUGAUCUCUCUUUAGGAAGUCCAAAAGUCAGUCCAAUAAAAUCCUGCUCUAUAGGAUCCAGCUUGAAGACUGAAAGAGACAUGGAAGAAAGUAGAAUAGAUUUUAAGGUAGAAGACAGGGAAGAGAAGAACAUAUUCAAGACGACGAGAGAAGUUGAUGAGAAGGAGAGAAAUUCUUUUCUACGUCCCCUAGAUCCAGUCUAUGGAGGAAUUGACGAUCCAACGAAAACAGAUAAAGACGACUUACCUCUCCAAAAGUUAUUUCAAUUGGUUCAGCGGGUUAGUGUUUUCUUCGAAUCGGGUUCUGACCCGUAUAAAAUUGAUAGCAAGACUCAUCAGUCUAAAAGACAAACCUAUCAAAAGAUCCCUUUAGACGUCGUUUCGUCGACCGAUCCUCAGGGUUUACGAUACACCUCCAGAAGAAACGAGAAACGGAUUCGUAAGCAUCACGAAAAUUUUCCGGACGAUUCUCCAUACAGAUGUCCCUAUUGCAGCAAGGAAUACGAAUGGAAGAGUUCUGUCCGUCAUCAUAUAGAAGUUGUUCAUCAUAAGAUGAACGAAAAAGAGGAAAAUCUAAUAGAUCCUCCUCAAUGAUACUGUGUGGAAAAAAAGAAACAAAAGUGUCCAAUAUUUAUUAUUGUUUUGCAGAAGGCCUACAGCUGUUAUUUGUCCUAUUUUAUUUAUAAGGAAAUUGUUACAGUAUUUUUCAUUAGUUCUUUAGAAUAAAUGUGUAAAUUUACCACAAUCGUUUCUUUAUCACCUUAUCAGCGACUUGCGCGCUUGAUAAAUGGAUUUCGUAUCAUUAACUGACCAGUUGAUCAUCUGCAGGUCCGCGCAUAAGUGCUACAAUCAUUAUAAUGUUAUCAAAUGACACGUAAUAUUUUCUUGAGUAUGUUGAAGUGUGUGACCUGUUGAAAGAUUUUUUCUUUCCUAUCGAUUCUUCUGCAUGAAUAAAGUUUAGUUGUUA